AUGCCAUACUCACCUUCACUUAUAUUGAUGGGGCAUACGCACACGGAUGCUACAGUAUAUACCACUCUCAAGUUACCCUACUCUCACACUCCAAUCCAUGGCCCAUUCUCACUAAAUCAGUACCAAAUGCACCCACAUCAUUAUGCACGGCACUUGCCUCAGCGGUCUAUACCCUGUGCCAUUUACCCAUAA